ACAACUCCAGGAAAGGAACACUCACCCCUCCCAUUGCCAAAUCAGAUUCGCAGCUCUUCAAUAUCCUGUCGGUGGAGAGUAGUGACCUGCACGUGAUAGGAUGCAAGCAUCCUUCUUGCGAAAUACGAAGUAUGCUCAUUAAGCGGUAGAGACUUUCUACUAACAAUGUACAUCCUCUAGUCUAUCCUCCUCGUCCACCAUUCUUCCUUCUCCUUCAUAGCCCAUAGACAUGGCAGAAGAUACCAAACCACGGACGUUCAAUCCAGAAGGGGUGCCUCUUCCACCCCCGACCUACAACCAUGCCUGCAUCACGCCUCUGAUCCCAGGCUCCGUUGAUCUCAUCACUUUGGCUGGAUUAACAGGCGUUUCUUCGUGGACCGACUCCAACCCGAAGACCAUCGCCGAACAAGCUCCUAUUGCGUUUCAGAAAAUCAAAACUUGUCUACUCGCUGCGGGAGCUACCCCAAGAGAUAUCGUGCAGGUGAAGCAUUAUAUCGUGAAGGAAACUGGUGAUCCAGAAGUGGAUAAAUUGGAUGUUGUUGAGCGUGGUUGGGGAGAAUCGUGGAUGGAGUUUAUGGAUCGUGAGGCUGAGGGUCAUAGACCUCCUGAUACUGUGAUUGGGGUAGCAGCGCUGGCAACAAAGGCUACGCUGUAUGAGUGUGAGGUUUGGGCUGUUGUGAGGAAAUGAGGAAGGUUCGUCCCGUAUGAGCUAUCCACUGCGGGUCUGGCAUGUUUGAAGCGGAGACUGGUGGGCCGUGGUGCUUUGGGAGAUUAUUAUCAAAGACUUUGUUUUCUGAUCUGGAGCAUCUUGCGAUUGUUCUCUUGCAUUUCGUACAGGCAUCAAUGAAUGGGAUAUUCCUUAGUGGAAAUGUCCUCGUCAUCUGGCCCUGUUUUCUCUCUAAGACCGGGGUUGACUUCUGCAAGUACUUUAGACCACGCUGUUGCUCCGUGACUUGUAAUUAAUUCUCUUCAACUUGAUCUUGUCAACCGCUG